AUGUCCCUCCCGGAGACCACCGAAAAAGCAACAUUCGCCGCUGGGUGCUUCUGGGGUGUCGAACAUCUCUUCCGCAAACACUUUACAGGCAAAGGCCUGUUGGAUGCUCGAGUCGGCUACAUAGGUGGGGACACCGCACACCCAACCUACCGUUCCGUUUGUUCCGGGACAACCGGCCAUGCCGAGGCGCUCCAAGUUCUCUAUAACCCUUCAGAAGUCACCUACGAGAAACUUCUAGAAUUCUUCUUCCAGAUGCACGACCCAACAACGGUGGAUCGCCAGGGGCCAGACGUGGGAUCCCAGUAUCGCUCGGCGAUAUUCUUUCACAAUGACAAGCAGGAGGAAGCUGCCAAAGCGGUGCUGGAGAAAGUUACGAAGCAGUGGUAUAAGACCGACAUGGCGACUCAGGUGAUCCCCGCUGGGGAGUGGUGGGAUGCAGAGGAUUAUCAUCAACUUUAUUUGGAUAAUAAUCCAGGAGGCUAUGAGUGUCCUUCGCACUAUCUGCGGACCUUUCCACCGCUCGCUUGAUUGGUUAGGCGCAAGUGUCGAAUUGGUGGAUAGCUGGGUUACGUGAGGUUUAGUGCCAGAAUGGAGACAAUAAGGGGUCUUUAGCGUUGAA